AUUUAUUUAAGUACCUAUAUGCACGCGACAAAAACGGAAAACAAUAAAACCGCUACCUUCCUAACCCUUAACAUUCGAUAUCCAACAGUUACCGCCACCUUUUGAUGAAUCGAGGAGUAAUACUAGAAGAAAGCCAGCGACAGUAAUGCGAAAAAUAUAAACAUUAUUGGUAUUUAUCAUGCUGAACCAGUAAAAGAGUAUGGCAGCUUUAAUGAAGAAGAGAGUUUUAGCAGAAUUUAACCAGAGCCAGGUUAUAAAUGAACCACCGUUAAAGAGGCUAAAAACAUUACGCCUCGCAGCUACUCCAGGUAGUAGUAAAAAUGGAACAGAAGGAAGUUCAGCAUUGGCUUAUAUCGAAUGUCUUGAGAAAAGUAAAUGUGGCAAUGAUGCUUUACAGCUUCUUGUUCGCAUAUCUGAUACUAUUGCCUACAUCUCUCCGGAAGAUGUUCCAUCGGUAGUAAAAAAAUUAUCAGAAAGAUUUACUAUAGAAACUGAAGCUGCAGUCCGUGCGAAAAUACUUUGGAUCUUUGCAGAAUUGGGAGAAGUUACAAACGAUGCAACCGAAAAGACACGAAUCGUUACCGAAACUUCAGAACUUUUAAGAAACGAAGAAUCACAUAGAGUGAAAAGUCAGGGUUUAGCAACGUUAUUAAAAUUAGGAGAUUAUCAUAGGAUGCUUGUAUUGAAAAUUGCCCGUGAGCAUUUGCCAGAUACUUGGCACGGCGUACAAACCCGUUGUCUUUCUAUUAUAGGUAGAUAUUUGACUGCAAAUACCGCGGAUGAUACAUUAACUUUUGUUGGUAAUUACGCACGUUCUCAAGAUCCAAGAGUACGUGCUCAGGCAUUUGAAACAAUGGCUGAACUUCAUUCUCAUAGAGGUUGCAGAUUGCCCGCAAGUUUCUUUGCAGAAGCUUGUGCUGCGCUUCGCGAUGAUUAUGAAAUAGUUCGUCGAAAUGUUCUGAAAUUGAUAUGGCUUUUAGGGAGAGAAUAUCCUGAAAACAUUAUCAUGGGAGCAGACGGAGAAGAUAUACGUAUGGUUGAUUGUGCAUUUUCUCAAAUAUGCGGUCUGAUGGGUGAUUUAUCAGCAAGAGUUAGAGCUUCGGCAAUGUCUCUUCUUGGAACAAUGAAAGGUGUAUCGCAACGAUAUAUAGAACAAGCGUUAGAUAAAAAACAAAAAAUUGUGGAAACAGAUAGACCAGAAGUGGAAGAAAAAAGUGGAUCUUGCGGUGCGUUUAUUCACGGUUUAGAGGACGAAUUUUUAGAGGUAAGGACAGCAGCAGUUGAGGCUCUAUGCACGUUAUCUUUGGAGCAACCAAAUAUAGCUAGAAUUUCCUUAGAUUUUAUGGUUGAUAUGUUCAACGAUGAAAUUCAAGAUGUACGAUUGCGUGCUAUCGAAUCGUUAAGAAAAAUGUCGGCAAGCGUAACGCUUCGCGAAGAUCAAUUAGAAACAAUUUUGGGCGCGCUAGAGGAUUUUUCAGGCGAAGUACGAGAAGGGUUACACGCUACUUUGGCUGCUAGCCGGCUUGCUACUAGAAAUUGUCUCCAUAUGUGUGUAAAUCGUCUUCUUGAUAAUUUGAGUCGUUAUCCACAAGACAAAGAAAGUAUUAGAUGCUGUUUAGCGGCACUAGGAGCUUCGCACCCAUAUUUAACGUUACCAUUGGUACCGCAACUUCUUGGACGACAUCCCUUUUUCGAUACACCCGAACCAGACGUUGACGAACCGUCUUAUGCAAGCGUUCUGGUUUUGAUAUUUAAUGCCGCAUUGCAUUGUCCAAGUAUGCAUGCUUUGUUUACAGAACACGCUUCGAAACAUUAUCAUUACUUACGCGACACUAUGCCGCAUUUCGUUCCUCGAUUACGGCCAACCGUAACAACUAGUGGACCAGGUUUUGGAAAUGAAGAUAAAAUCGACGACGAAGCCGAACGCGGAAAAGAAUUUUUGGAAAAAGUAGUGACAGGUGUUGAAAAUGCUAGACCCGGUGGCAGAGUUCAUACCCAACUUUUAGAAGCUGCAGCCAUUGAUCUCGAUCGUUUAGCAGAAAUGGAUCAUCGAAUGGAGGGAGCCGCACGUUUCACUGUCCUCUACAUACGAUGUUUGUUACUUUUAAAGUCUGUAUUGAAAGAAUUUUCAAUAUCAUCGACAAAUUCGGUAUCGACGAGCCCUUUGCCGAACACAACCACCAACGUGUCAGUUUUGCUACAAAAUACACAAAAGUUACAGCGACUUUUUAGUGGAUUAAGUGAAAAUGAAAUGAUACUAGCCAACGACGUAUGGUUAAAAGCAUUGGCGAUAGAAUUAAUUCGGGUAACGAGAAGCGUAACAGGAAGAAGCGCUCUUCCACUAGCGCGUCAUUUUCUCUCCGAAGCUGACACCCUACCACAAGAUACGUCGAAAUUGCCAUCAUUUUCUAGAGCUCUUGUACUUCAGAUUCCUACGUUAGCCGAUGUCAAGCCAGGAUCUUUAACGAGGCUGUUGUUACCGUUACUUUUGACACCGGCAUCGCAGGGAGAAGAACGACUCCCAAGACCAUCGGUGUCCACUAGAUUUUCUAGAGCAAUCAUUGAAGAACCUAGAGGCGAUGCGGACGCAGCAUUGAAAUUUACAGGAGGACUUUUAUUAGGGAUCCCGUUAACGGCAAAAAUAUUGAACUUGCGAGAUCCUAGUAUAUUACGUAUAAAACUGAGACAUCCCGACCAACAAGUACAAUUAUUGCUACCGCGUCAGUCAGAUUUACGACUACAAAAUACAGAACAGAACGAUUAUAGAUUGAAAACGACCGUACUACUUUCCCAUCAAGUUUGGAUGGAAGCUUGCAACGUAGAAAUUUCUCUUGCACUUUUUGUCCCAUCUUCGUCGGCCGUCUGCACACAUUCUCCCCUCGACGAUCCGUGUGUCAUUGAUCUUUGUAAGCCUACUAAAGUAUCAAUUGCACCAAAACCAAUCAAAAGGGGCAUCUAAAUAUUAAUUCUAAACCAUUAAUUUCAUAAAAUGUCUUUAUUGUAAAUAAUAAAAAUUCAAAACAUA